UUCAUUUGCACAGGACAUAAACAUCUCACACUAUUUUUUUUUUCAAUUGUCAUUUUAUAAAGAUAAUAUUCAAUAAAUUAAAAAAAGUUUUUAUUUAAUUAUGGGGAAGAAAAUGUAUCCACAAAUAAACAACAAACAAGCCAACUUAGUUGAUGCCCCACCAUCUUAUGAACAAACAAUUAACCAACAUCCAUAUCCAACAGCUCCGACAGCUCCAUCGACAGCAUUUAUCCAGCCACCUAUUCAUACACAACAACCACAACAACAGCAACAACCACCAAUUAUUUUGGUCCAAACCCUACAUCCAUUAGGACCUCGUCCAUGUGUUCUUGUUUGUCCGAGUUGUCAUCAACAGCAAAAGACUAAAGUUCGAAAUGAAUCAUCAAUAAAGACCCAUAUAUUCGCAGGCAUUCUGUGUUUUUUAGGGUUUUGUUGUUGUGCAUGCCUGCCCUACUGUAUGGACACUUGUCGAAAUACAAACCAUUAUUGCAGCAAUUGCAAUGCUUAUAUUGGAAUGUAUAAAAAAUAAAGGAGCUACCACCAAUUAUUGAGAAGUGAAGACAAAACUAGGGAUUUAAUUUUUAUUUGCCAAAUAGUUUAAUUAAGUCUUAAGUGAAUUAAUAAAUACUAUAUCGAUAAAUCAAUUACCUAUCUAUUUAAAGUUAUAAAUGUUAUGAAUGAAUUCAAGUUCAGUCCAUAUAAUGUAUCUUGUGAGUAAAUUUUGUAUAAGAUAGCCAAAGCUUUCUUUUGAUUCUUUAGCUAUUUCUUUAAAGAAUCAAUUAUUAAACAUAAAAUGUAUUGUGUUGUAAUUAAUAAA